AUGGUGUCCCUCAUUCAUGGUGGCUCAUUAGACACGAAUUUCCCGGUCCACGACGCGUGCUUUGGCGAUUCAAGCAACCUGAGCAGCGUGUGCCAGGUUCCCUCGACAAGCAUGAUCACCUUUCUAAACAUAACCAAUCCUUCACUCUACUUGGACAUCUACUGCAACAACCCGCCAGAUGACUCUUGCGCAUUCGGGUAUUGUCCGAAUCCAGACGUCGCCAGUCCAGCCGUACGGUAUUCAACCUACUUUACCUCACUCGUUUCCGCGAUCCUCGUUCUUUACUCUCCUGCCGACGUGACUGCCUCCUUUUUUGCUCAACUUCUCAACGUCUAUUCCCUGGUCAUCGCAGCUAUCGUCUCAAUCGCCGGCCAUAACCUCACCAAGCUGCAUAGCGUCAUCGCGCUCACCCUCGCUAGCUCCCCACUCAGUCUUUACCUCAUCUUCUAUGUUGUUCGGAGCAUGCUUGGAAAGACCACCCGUUUGCAGGCCGUCUUCGGGCCCGGAAUGCAUCUUAAUCGUGCCAUGGUUCUUCUUGCCCUACCACUGUGGGUGAGCGUGUUGGUGUUCACCACACUCCCUACCAGCACCUGGCAUUUCAACCAGGCAGCGUGCGAUACAGAAGUAGCAAUGAACCAUAUCGCCUCGUUAUUUUUUCUUCCGUUCAUCAUCUUCUUCGUGGAAUACCCCGAAGUUGGUGCUCUCAUUGUCGCGUCAGUAGUAUUCUCAUGGGGCACGGCUAUCUGGCGCACACGAGCGAUAAUAUGGGCCAAAGGUGACCGGUAUCUCCCCCUCGGACGGCGCAAGGUCGUCGAGCGCUACCCGUUCAUUCAAUUCUACACUGUCAUCGUCCUACCGCAUCUCUUCUGGAUGACCAACGUCGAGUAUGGAAUCUCCGUUCUCGACCCUCGCGAACAUUUCAGUGCAACCUACGGCCAACUCCUCGCCAUCUUCGUAACUGUUCCUUCGUUCAUCCAGCUUUGCUGCUUGUUGCCACGAGUACCACGCUGGUUUAGCGAACUCUACUGGGUUCGUUCUAUCUCAAACAAACGCAACAAGCCCUAUUAUCUUGAGAGGCUAUCAAUCCAUCAACCAUCGCUCGUCCCCGAUCGCGAUUCGAAGUUGUCUGUCGAAAGCAGAGGUCCCUGGGAUCAGGAGUCGAUGCAAUUGGCGCUCUUGAGCAAGGCGGAGAAAUCUCCUUCGACCCCAAGUUCUCCUAGUCUCCCAAUCGUCAGGUCUUGA